AUGUAUGAUUCAAUUGCUACCAUUCACAAUUGUGUAAGAUACAUUCGAUCAUCUCCUGCAAGGUUGCUAAAAUUCAAGGCUUGUGUGGAUAGGGAAAUAAUUAAUUACAAGGGGGGAUUGGUUUUAGAUGUGCCUACAAGGCGGAACUCCACUUUCAUGAUGUUAGAUGUGGCUCUUAAAUUUGAAAAAGCUUUUGCAAUAUAUGAUGAGGAAGAUGACAAAUUUGUGAGUUUCUUCAUGGAAAAUGAACAUGGGAAGAAGAGGGUUAGGCCGCCAACUUCUAGUGAUUGGGAGAGUGCUACUAUAUUUGUCACAUUUCUCUCAGCUUUUUAUGAAGUUACUCUAAAGUUUAGUGGCACAUUGCAUGUAACAUCCAACAAUUUAUAUCAUGAGAUUUGUGAGAUUCAUACACAAUUGAGUGACUUGGCUAGUAGUAGUGAUCAUUUGCUAUCCACCAUGGUUGCUAGUAUGAAAAGGAAAUACGACAAAUAUUGGGGCAGUGCAGAGAACAUCAAUCCCAUGUUGUUUUUGGCUGUUGUGCUUGAUCCAAGAUACAAGUUGAAGUAUUGUUUUGAGACUGUUUAUGAUGCUGAAACUGUUGCCAAGAUUGUUGUCAAGGUGGAGCAAAUCCUUCAACAACUGUACAAUUCUUAUAAUGUUGAGGGUGAAAGCGAUGGUGACAAGGUAAGUAAAAGUGACUCACCAUCAAAGGGUGGUGUCAAAGAAACUAUUAGGAGGAGAUUAUUGGAAAAUUAUUUGCAACAACAACAGAUGUUUGUGACUGAGAAAAUGAAUGAUGUUGAUAAGUACUUGGCUGAAGAAACUAUCAAUCCAAUGACUUCCUCAUUUGAUAUCCUACUUUGGUGGAAGGAUAAUUCUCAAAGGUUUAAGAUUAUUUCUAUGAUUGCUAAAGAUGUUCUUGUUAUACCUGUGUCUACUGUGGCUUCUGAAUCUACCUUUAGUACUAGUGGACGUAUUUUAGACUCAUUUAGGAGUUCUUUGAGCCCAAAAAUUGUGGAGGCACUAGUUUGCACUCAAAAUUGGUUGAAGGGGAGUCAUGAAGGGAUUCAAACAAAGGAGUAUUUGGAUGAUAUACAAGCUUAUGAGUUUCUUGAAGAAGACAACAAACUUAAGGACAAAGUGACAACAAAAGAGAAGACCAAUGCACCCAUCGCCAUUGUUCAUUGA